UUUCAUUGUACGUCACGGAAGUCAGUUACAUGAAGUGAAGAUGGCGACCGCCUACGAAAGAUUCAAUUUGCACACCACUCCAGAAAAGUUCUUCAUCGAAGCAUGUGACGAUGGCGCAGAUGCUGUCUUGGCCAUUGAUAGGGUGUCAUCAGAGAUGACCCUGACAGGAAAAAAGGAUGUCCCUACCUCAGCCUUCACAAGGCCCAUCUGUGGCAUUAUGGGAACAAUUCACCUCGUUGCAGGGAUGUACCUCAUUGUCAUUACCAAGAAGAGGAACGUGGGCAGCCUCUUGGGCCAUGCUGUGUGGAAGGCGGUUGAUUUUGACAUCAUCUCCUAUCAGAAGACCAUGCUCCACCUCACAGAGAUCCAGGCUCAAGACAACAAGACUUUCUUGUCCAUGAUGAACAAUGUGCUGACCACAGAUGGCUUCUACUUCUGCACUGACUAUGACCUGACCCACACCCUGCAGAGGUUGGCCAACACCAGCCCCGACUUCCAGGAGAACAGCCUUCUGGAGAGGGCAGACCAGAGGUUUGUGUGGAAUGGAAACCUUCUAAGAGACUUUUCUACACAGCCAGAGCUCCACAAGUUUGCCAUCCCCGUUGUUCAUGGGUUCAUUGUGAUGAAGCCAUGUCGCAUCAAUGGAAAGAUCUUUGAGUGGAUCCUGAUAUCCAGGAGGAGCUGUUUCCGGGCUGGUGUCAGGUACUACGUCAGAGGCAUUGACUCUGAGGGCCAUGCUGCUAAUUUUGUAGAGACUGAGCAGAUUGUUUUAUACAAUGGAGGAAGGGCUUCAUUUGUCCAGACACGAGGCUCCAUGCCCUUCUUCUGGUCCCAGAGGCCCAACCUCAAAUACAAGCCCAAGCCUCUGAUCAGCAAAACGACCAGUCACCUGGAUGGUUUCCAGAGACACUUUGACUCCCAGGUCCUCAUCUAUGGGAAGCAAACUAUCCUGAACUUGGUCAACCAGAAAGGCUCUGAGAAACCACUGGAGCAGGCCUUUGCCAAGAUGGUGACUGGCAUGGAGAACAACAUGAUAGAGUACAUAGCAUUUGACUUCCACAAGGAGUGCAGCAAGAUGAGGUGGGACCGUCUCCAGAUCCUGGUGAACAAAGUGUCUGACGCGCAGGAUGACUUCAGUUACUUCAUGCUGGACUCUGAGGGGAAGGUGGUGGCUCAGCAGAAGGGGACGUUCCGCAGUAACUGCAUGGACUGUCUGGACAGGACCAACGUCAUUCAGAGCCUGCUGGCCCGACGUUCCCUACAGUCCCAGCUGCAGAGGAUGGGUGUCCUCAAUGUUGGACAGAAGAUCGAAGAGCAGGCUGACUUUGAGAAGAUCUAUAAGAAUGCAUGGGCAGACAAUGCUAACGCUUGUGCUAACCAGUAUGCAGGCACAGGAGCACUGAAAACUGACUUCACAAGGACAGGGAAGCGGACCCAAUGGGGCCUGGUGAUGGAUGGCUGGAACUCCAUGAUCCGCUACUACAAGAACAACUUCUCUGAUGGCUUCAGACAGGACUCCAUUGACCUGUUCCUGGGUAACUAUUCCGUGGAUGAGUCAGACGGCCCUACCCCACUUCGCGCCCAAAAGGACUGGAAGUUCCUGACGUUGCCUAUCGUCAUGGUGAUAGCCUUCUCUAUGUGCAUCAUCAGCUUCCUACUGGCUGGUGACACAUUUACUGAGACCCUGGCCUAUGUGCUGUUCUGGGGUACAGCGUGUGCAGUCACCGCUGCUGUCAUAGUCUUCAAUGGCCGAGACUUUGUGGACGCCCCCAAGCUUGUACAGAAGGAAAAGAUGGACUGAAUGUGUUUGUGUGGGAAGCAGCUUGGUCCAGCUGACUUGUUUACCUCUUCAUCCUCCUCUUCCUCCCAGCUGGUCCAAGCCUGGACUCGGUCUUGACCUGCCCUCCAUAAUGUCCUUCUUGAAUUUCUUUGGGGUCGCUGAUCCAAAGCUUCACCUUGUCAUGCAGCAAACACAGGGCAUCUUCUUAGACCAGUCUUCCCCAACUGUACCCCUCAAAUUUUUCCUAUACUUGGGUUAGGUAUUCCUUUCUGUUUCACAUUCCUUAGCUGCUAGUACAUUUAGAAUGUAUGAUGUUUCAUUCCACUUGAUAUGUGAUGGUGGAUAAGAGUGCAUGUCAAUAGUUUAGUCAACUGAAAGUACUUGAUAACAGUUUCUAACAGGGGUCUCUGGAUCUUUGAUGGCACUUUAGUAAAAUGCUGUAGCAUUCUUUUUACAGUCAGGAGGUAAACACAAAAGCUGUUAAACUGGGUACAUCUGAAAGCAUUUCCUCCUGAAAAGUUAUGACCUACACCAAAUCCUACUUUAUUUUCAAUGGAGAUUAAUAUUAGCAAUUUAAUAUUGGAUGAGGUUUGACAUUUUUCCUUGGAAACUGACCCUAAAAAGAAAUGGAACCUGUUAGAAUGAAUACAUAUUCAGAAGUUUUAUCAUCUUGAAUGUAAAGAGUCAAGCCUUACUAAGCUACAAAUUGUAAGAACACUAAACUAGAUGGGAAUAUUAUGAAAGUGGGUGUAGUGUUUAGGGAAUGUCUUCCUAUUAAUAUAAUAAUCAUGCCUAGUAUUUAUUGUGAUUAUAUUUUAGUAAGGGCUUCUUGCUUAUCUUACCAUAUAAUUUCUGCACUUUUAGUCAAAAUAAAAUUGAUUGCACAUAGUACUGUAUGUGGUGAAAAUGGGUGGUAUGAAAGAAUAUUAAGUUUCCAUUUGAUUUAUGAAGACCCAUUAUGUUGAUGGAAAUCAUACUAAACAGUACAUCACAUCUAUGUAGUCAUAAUGUCUUGACAGUGUUUUCUGUAUACUGUAUACUAUGUAUUAUAUAUCUUUCACAGUAUAUUGAAAUUGUGUCAUGCUCUAGAUACAGUCUAAAUCACACUGAGACCAUUGCCUUACAAGCUUGCCCCUAAAUAAAGACGGGGAUGGACAUUUGAAUCAUUCCACUUUAUCCAUUA